GUACAUUCAUAUUUUUUUUUUAUUUUUUUUUUUAUGUUAAUCAUGUGGAUUUUAUAGAAAAAAUGAUUUCUUUUUGCUACAUUUUUUUUUUAAUUGUAAAUCAUGUAGAUUUUAUAGAAAAAAAUGAUUUCUUUUUGCUGCAUUUUUGUUUUUUUGAUGUAAAUCAUGUGGAUUUUAUAGAAAAAAUGAUUUCUUUUUGCUGCAUUUUUGUUUUUUUUUGAUGUAAAUCAUGUGGAUUUUAUAGAAAAAAAUAAUUUCUUUUUGCUGCAUUUUUGGGUUUUGUGUUUUGAAAAUGCCAGGCUGGUUUUUACUUGUUUGAUAUUUGUCUAUCAUAAUGUGCUUUUGUUUGCUUUUUCUUUAUGUGGGUAAGAGAAGUUUUUGUAUAAAGUUUGCCCAUGUCAUUAGUAAAGAUCCAAUUUUUUGUUGCUCUAGUAUUUUUUUGUUUUGUUUUGGAUUGCUUUUUCUCGAGGUAAGGUUUGCGUACAUUUUCUCUACUUCACUUUGGUUCAAGAAAGAGCAAAAACCCCAAAUCCCCUUUCACCUUUUUUGCUCUUAAGCCUUCAUUCUUGAUAAACUUAUCAGUCAAAAUCCUAGUCUUUUCUCUUCAGCUUCAAUGAACCUUUAAGCUACAUUUACUUUUCCUUUAUGGGGUUUUGUUUUUUUGAUAUAAAUUAUAUGUUUUCUUUGGAAAAAGCCUCUUUACCUCCCCGAAGUAGUGGUAAGGUCUGCGUAUACUCUAGCCUCCCAGACCUCACUUGUGGAAUUUCACUCGUUAUGUUGUUGUUGUUGUUGAUGUAAAUCAUGUGGGUUUUAUAGAAAAAAAUGAUUUCUUUUUGAUGCAUUUUUGGGUUUGUGUUUUGAAUUCUUGGUUAGUUUUUGCUUGUUGAUGUUUUGUUAGAGCAUAAUGUGGUUAGAUUUUUGGCUUUCAAAAGACUGGUUUUGUAUUUCUUUUGUUUUUAUUUGCUUUUCUCUUCUUUGUUCCUGGAUUUGCUACAUUUGAGCCGAGACUCUUUCAGAAAUAGCCUCUCUACUUCGCCGAGGUAGUGGUAAGGUUUGAAGCAUUCAGAUCUGACUCUAUGAAUGGUUUGGCGUUAUUCUGAUUAUCCUUCAAGAGCAGCAACAUAAUUCGGCGUUGUAUCUGCUGAGGUCUUUCUCCUGUUGAUCGUUGGUUCACAUUCUGGUGAAGAAUUAGAGGGUUUUGUGUUAAGUGUUGUUGUGCCGACCUCGAAAAUGCAGAGACCUCCACAAGAAGAUUUCUUACUCAAAGAGACCAAACCCCACCUCGGUGGAGGGAAGAUCAUUGGUGAUAAGCUCACUAGCACAUAUGACCUUGUUGAGCAAAUGCAGUAUCUUUAUGUUCGAGUGGUGAAAGCUAAGGAUUUACCUGGGAAGGAUGUUACGGGUAGUCUUGAUCCUUACGUCGAGGUUAAGCUCGGGAACUAUAAGGGUACGACUCGUCAUUUUGAGAAGAAGUCAAAUCCUGAGUGGAAUCAGGUGUUUGCUUUCUCCAAGGAUAGGAUUCAGGCUUCUGUACUGGAAGUGAUUGUGAAAGAUAAGGAUGUUGUUAAGGAUGAUUUUGUGGGUCGUGUUCUGUUUGAUUUGAAUGAGAUCCCGAAAAGGGUUCCCCCCGAUAGUCCUCUCGCUCCACAGUGGUAUAGAUUGGAGGAGAGGAAUGGCAAUAAGGUCAAAGGAGAGUUGAUGUUGGCUGUUUGGAUGGGAAAUCAAGCCGAUGAAGCCUUUCCUGAAGCAUGGCAUUCAGAUGCUGCAGCUGUUAGUGGGGCUGAUGGCCUUGCAAAUAUAAGGUCUAAGGUGUACCUUUCACCAAAAUUGUGGUACCUACGAGUUAACGUGAUCGAGGCGCAAGACUUGGUUCCAAGUGACAAAAGCAGGUUUCCAGAAGUUUUUGUCAAGGCCAUCCUUGGAAAUCAAGCAUUGAGAACCAGAGUUUCCAUGAACAAGACCAUCAAUCCCAUGUGGAACGAGGACCUGAUGUUUGUAGCGGCAGAACCGUUUGAGGAGCCACUAAUUUUGAGUGUGGAAGAUAGAGUUGCACCGAACAAGGAUGAAGUUCUUGGGAGGUGUGCUAUUCCUUUGCAGUAUGUGGAUAGGAGGUUGGACCAUAGACCUGUGAAUACUAGGUGGUUUAAUCUUGAAAAGCACGUUAUUGUCGAGGGAGAAAAGAAGGAAAUCAAGUUUGCUAGCCGAAUUCACAUGAGAGUAUGUCUUGAAGGAGGCUACCAUGUUCUGGAUGAGUCAACCCAUUAUAGUAGUGAUCUUAGGCCAACUGCAAAACAGCUGUGGAAAUCUAGCAUCGGUGUUCUUGAAGUAGGUAUUCUGAGCGCUCAGGGCCUGUCACCAAUGAAAACAAAGGAUGGGCGGGCAACGACAGAUGCCUAUUGUGUAGCAAAGUAUGGGCAGAAGUGGGUGCGGACAAGGACAAUUAUAGAUAGCUUUGCUCCCAGGUGGAACGAGCAAUACACCUGGGAAGUUUUUGAUCCUUGCACUGUUAUAACUAUUGGUGUAUUUGAUAAUUGCCAUCUGCAAGGAGGAGAUAAAUCUGGAGGGGCGAGGGACUCAAGGAUUGGAAAGGUCAGGAUCCGUCUUUCGACUCUUGAAACUGAUCGUGUCUACACGCAUUCAUACCCACUGCUGGUCUUGCAUCCUACCGGAGUGAAGAAGAUGGGUGAAAUUCACUUGGCUGUGAGAUUUACUUGCUCGUCGUUGGUGAAUAUGAUGCAUAUGUACUCUCAGCCUUUGUUACCCAAAAUGCACUAUCUUCACCCGUUAACUGUUAGUCAGCUGGACAAUUUGAGGCACCAAGCCACUCAAAUCGUCUCCUUGAGGCUGAGUCGUGCUGAGCCGCCUUUGAGGAAAGAGAUUGUAGAGUAUAUGUUAGAUGUUACGUCUCAUAUGUGGAGCAUGAGGAGAAGCAAGGCCAACUUUUUCAGGAUUAUGGGCGUUUUAGGUGUGGUAAUUUCUGUCGGAAAAUGGUUUGAUCAAAUAUGCAAUUGGAAAAACCCCAUCACAACCGUUCUCAUCCAUAUCCUGUUCUUGAUACUGGUGUUAUAUCCCGAGCUUAUUCUCCCUACCAUUUUCCUCUAUCUCUUCCUAAUCGGUAUUUGGCACUACAGAUGGAGGCCAAGGCAUCCUCCUCACAUGGAUACUCGCCUUUCUUGUGCUGAUACUGCUCAUCCCGAUGAGUUGGAUGAGGAAUUUGAUACUUUCCCUACUUCACGUUCUCCUGAUAUUAUUCGUAUGAGGUAUGACCGCUUAAGAAGUAUUGCAGGGAGGAUUCAGACUGUCGUUGGCGACUUGGCUACUCAAGGCGAGAGGCUCCAGUCUUUGCUGAGCUGGAGGGACCCUAGAGCGACAUCAUUGUUUGUCAUUUUCUGCUUGGUUGCUGCCGUUGUGCUCUAUGUCACUCCAUUCCAAGCUGUGAUGCUCGUGACCGGAUUUUAUGUAUUACGACACCCAAGGUUCCGCUACAAGCUUCCAUCUGUGCCGCUUAACUUCUUCCGAAGGUUACCUGCUAGAACAGACUGCAUGCUAUAAGCCAUGCCUUCAUACAGCUAUCGUCUCUAUGUCACCUCAUGUUCUUCCCAUUAAAUCGUCGAAAAUGAUGUAGAAAUUUAUGGAGCUGUUCUUUUCGAUAUUAGGUCCUAGUAGUAUUUUGCACAAGAUCAUGGUGAAACUGUUAGAUCUAGUGAGUUGGUGAUGCAAAAACUAUAUAAUGUAAUCAUGUCGAAUCUAAGUUAUUUAUUUUGAACAAGCUCCAUGCUCAAUUCAAAGUA